AUGCCCACUCUCGAAACAUACCGUGGAGACUACCUGUGGCACUAUGUGCCUAAUCUCCCAGCCGCUGUUGUCUUUGCUGCUCUCUUCAGUCUCGCGACCGCAGUGUAUACCUGGAAGAUGGCUACAACUAGAAUGUGGUUUUGUGUUCCCUUUGUAAUUGGUGGCCUCUUUGAAGUGAUCGGUUUUGUAUCCCGAGCAGCCUCCACAUAUUCCACGGGUUCCUUGGCGCUCUAUCUUAUACAAGCCAUCUUCCUGCUCCUACCCCCUGUCCUCUUCGCCGCAUCACUGUACAUGGUAUACUCUCGGGUGGUCAGAGCCGUCCAGGGUGAAAGCUUCUCGCUCCUUUCCCCGCGCCGGACAACGGCUAUCUUCGUCCUUGGUGACUGGCUCUGCCUAAAUAUCUAA